CUCCCCUCACCUGCUGCUCUUUAAAUGCAGCAGGCUGACACCACACUGCCUGUGUGCUUCAGGUUGGAUGAAUUACUGUCACAGACUUCUGAGAACUCUCAGGCGGACCUGUUUAUCCACAGUAUUUCUAGCGGAAGAGAAUUCAAUGAAACGUUAUUGUGGGGAUAUCUUGACUGGUUUAAAACAAUAGUAACAGUGGGACUGAACUAAAUUGCUCAUCUUUGAAGAACAAUUCAGUGUUGACAUGGAUUUCUUACAGCUGCCAGAAAGAAUCCUUGCCGAAUCAGUGGGAAUGGACAAAAAGCAAGAGAACUCAGCAGCAGUCAGAGACGGAGGACAGACACUUGCUGACUUCAGCAGCAUUUACAGCAAAGACCUGCUCCCAGCUUCAGGUGGUGAGGAAGUUACCAGAGGAUUUCUGCAGGAGCUGCUCAACAUCUUGUUGAGCUAUAUCAGCAAGUCAAGCCAGAGGGGCUCCAAGAUACUGGACUUCCACCAUCCUCACCAGCUGAAAGAGGGACUGGAAGGCUUUAGUCUGGAGCUGCCGGACCAACCGGAAACUCUGGAGCAGAUACUUGUGGACUGUAGAGACACACUCAAAUAUGGCGUCAGUACAGGCCAUCCGCGUUUCUUCAACCAGCUGUCUUCAGGUCUAGAUGUGAUUGGAUUAGCAGGAGAGUGGUUAACCUCUACAGCCAACACUAACAUGUUUACAUUUGAAGUCUCUCCUGUUUUCAUCCUCAUGGAAGAGUUCCUGCUGAGAAAGAUGCAAAGCAUUGUGGGAUGGUCCGAUGAUGAGGGAGACGGAUUCUUCUGUCCAGGAGGCACAAUAUCCAACCUGUACAGCAUCCUGGUAGCCAGAUAUCACUUCUACCCAGAGGUGAAGACCAGAGGGAUGGGACUUCUGCCUCCGCUGGCCCUCUUCACUUCAGAACAUAGUCACUAUUCAGUGAAGAAAUCUGCAGCUGUACUGGGGUUGGGCAGUGACAAUGUGGUCAUGGUGAAAUGUGAUGAAAGAGGGAAAAUGAUCCCAGCUGAACUGGAGGCUUGCAUUGUUACAGCUAAAGAAAAGGGUUUGGUUCCGUUCUAUGUGAACGUGACAGCGGGCACCACCGUGUACGGAGCCUUCGAUCCUCUGAAUGCCAUUGCUGACAUCUGCCAUAAACACACACUGUGGAUGCAUGUUGAUGCAGCAUGGGGGGGAGGCCUGCUGAUGUCAGACAGGCACAGAAUGAAACUACAGGGCAUUGAACGAGCUUGGUCUGUAACAUGGAAUCCGCACAAGAUGAUGGGCGUCCCGCUGCAGUGCUCUGUCAUACUAGUCAAGAAGAGAGGUCUCUUGCAGGAGUGUAAUGAGUUGGGGGCUGAGUACCUUUUCCAGACAGACAAACCCUACGAUGUGAGCUAUGAUACUGGAGAUAAGAGCAUCCAGUGUGGCCGGCAUGUCGAUGUCUUUAAACUUUGGCUCAUGUGGAAGGCAAAGGGCUCAGAAGGCUUUGGAUCUCAGGUCAACAAAUGCUUAGAGAAUGCUGAAUAUCUGCAUGACCAACUGCAGAGGAGGACAGACUUUGAACUGGUCUUCAAAAACAAACCAGAGCACAGUAACGUGUGUUUCUGGUACAUCCCUCCCAGUCUGAGAGACCUGCCACCUGGACCUGACAGAGACACAAGACUCCAUCAGGUUGCUCCUCGCAUCAAAAGCAGGAUGAUGGAGAAGGGCUCUGUUUUGAUUGGCUAUCAGCCUUUGGGAGACAAAGUCAAUUUCUUCAGGUGUGUAUUCUCCAAUCCUGCCACACAGCAAGAGGACAUUGACUUCCUGCUGGACGAGAUCACCCGGCUGGGUCACGACCUAUAACAUCUCAUAUGAUUAUUUGCUCUUAGCCCAGUUGAUGUCAAUGUUUUGCUGCUGAAUAAGCAUGCGUUCUAUCCAGCCUGGGUACACAGUGAAACGUUGGUACACAGGCUUUUGACAAAUGCUGUACUUCUGGCUAUGCUCUAUAGCCUUUGCUGAACAUUACCACUUUUGAUAGUUUUACAACAUUACACAUGCUUACAUUACAAAGCAACUAUUUACUAUCACAUCACAAGAAAAGUGUCCCUUUUUAACAUUAAUGUUGGGUUCCCAAUGGUUGGCACUGUGGCCUCACAGCUAGAAGGUUCUGGGUUAAUCCAAGUCCUUUCUAUGUUGGAGUUUGUAUGUUCUCCUCCGGGUGCUCCGGUUCCCCCCCCCCCUCC